AUGAGACAUUUCGAAUUUAUUCUUACUUACUUUGGAAUCUACGGUAGACUAUUCUUGGCUGCAGUCUCCCGGGUGUGCAGUAGCUCUCAGCAUCUGUCCAUCCUGUCUGCACGAAACCUUGUGCUCCUCGAUGGGCAGCUCUUCCUGUCUUCCCUCCCGACCCCUCAGCCUCUGAUGAGCAUCCUGCUCUACUUCCCUGAGAUUCCACCUUUUGUAACAAUUUUGUCCUCUUCCAGAGAAACCGCACCCAGGACAAUCUUUCAGAGAGUCCUGGACAUCUUGAAGAGAUCUUCUCAUGUUGUUGAGCUGGCCUGCAGGGAUCCAACCCAAGUGGAGCAUUUGGCUUCCAGCCUGCAGUUGAUAACGGAGUGCUUCCGGUGUCUCCGGAAUGCCUGUAUAGAGUGCUCUGUGAACCAGAACUCCAUCAGGAACUUGGAUACGAUUGGCGUUGCUGUUGACUUGAUUCUUCUGUUUCGUGAACUGCGAGUGGAGCAAGAUGCCCUGUUGACAGCUUUCCGCUGUGGCCUGCAGUUCUUGGGCAAUAUCGCCUCACGGAAUGAAGACUCCCAGUCUAUUGUUUGGGUGCAUGCUUUCCCAGAACUCUUCGUGUCUUGCUUAAAUCAUCCCGACAAAAAAAUUGUUGCCUACUGCUCAAUGAUCUUAUUCACGUCUCUUAAUCCCGAAAGAAUGAAGGAACUGGAAGAAAACCUCAAUAUUGCGAUUAAUGUCAUAGAAGCUCACCAAAAGCAGCCGGAAUCAGAAUGGCCGUUCCUGAUUAUCACAGACCACUUUCUGAAAAACCCGGAAUUGGUGCAAGCCAUGUACGCCAAACUGAGCCAUCAAGAAAGGGUUACCCUGUUAGACCUCAUGAUUGCCAAGCUGGUGAACGACGAACAGCUGACCAAGGAUGAGAUCUCCGUGUUUUUGCACCAUGCUGAGUUGAUUGCAAGCUCCUUUGUGGACCAGUGCAGGACCGUGCUUAAGCUGACCUCCGAGCAGCACACCGAGGAUGAGGAAGUACUAGCCACAAUUAGGCUUCUGGAUGUGCUGUGUGAAAUGACGGCCAAUACUGAGCUGCUGGGCUAUCUGCAGGUCUUUCCUGGCUUGUUGGAAGGAGUGAUUGAUCUUCUACGAAUGAUUCAUGUAACUGGAAAUGAUACCACAAACAUCUUCAGUACCUCUGGUUGUGUAAGAGCAGAAGGUGAUGUUUCAAAUAUGGCGGAGGGGUUUAAGUCUCAUCUCAUUCGUCUGAUUGGAAAUCUGUGUUACAAGAAUAAAGAUAACCAAGACAAGGUGAACGAGCUGGAUGGCAUUCCGCUGAUCCUGGACAGCUGCAGCAUCGAUGAUAGUAACCCCUUCCUGACCCAGUGGGCGGUGUACGCCAUCCGCAACCUUACCGAGGACAACAGCCAAAACCAGGAUCUGAUCGCCAAGCUGGAGGACCAAGGCUUGGCAGAUGCCUCCCUGCUAAAGAAGAUGGGGUUUGAAGUUGAAAAGAGGGGUGAGAAGCUGAUCCUGAAGUCCACUCGUGACCCCCCCACUUCGUGACUGAACUCUCCAUCCAAACUUUAUCUCAGAAUCUGUUUCACGGAAUUUUCAUCCUCGCAGUAUGUGAGAUUGCAAGUGUUUGAAGAUGUCCAAGUCCACAUCCAGGAACCUCUGCACCCUUUAGGUAAUAGAGCUCAGUGUGUGUGAGCUGUAAGUGGAAGUGCCGAGCUGUGCUUUCUUUCUGUGCAUUCAGUGUAACUGUCUGGUGUGCCUUUGUCCCCUGGAUACAGUGUGCAUUUGAGUCGUAGGCCAUACUUAACGUGGCAGAUAAUAAAUCUCCUCUGGGCGGGCACAGCCCUCGUUUGUCAGAGACUGGGCCGUCUGCUUGCAUUCUGUGCGUCAUUUCAGAUGGAAGUCAGCCUCACUCCUUCACCUCGCCUCUGCGUGUUAGGUUUUCUGAAUGCUGGCAGCCAGUUGAAGUAGUUUCUCACUGUGAUUAAUUCUAGCAGGCUCUUUUCACCCCUUCUGCCUUUCCAAAACAUUGACAAGACUCAUUUCCAGUUAAUUAGUUCGAGAACCCACCCUCUUCAUGUUAGGUGCUGUGCUGUCAAUGAGCCCUGUCCUCUGGAAUGUCCGGGAGUGAGAGGGGUGAGGACUUGUGGCCACUUAACUCUUCCCAUCCCAAGUCAUCCCGGAAUGAGAACUCCACCCAGUCUGGCUAAAGGGGAAUGCCUGCACCGUACUGACCUUCAUGCCCUUCUUACAGAGGGAAACAUAUUUCUACUACCGCUCAAUGUCUAGCUUCCUAUCUGUCUGUCUCUGUUUCGCCUCCCAUCAGAAGUGGAACUAGAUUAGAGGGGCACUAACUCUUUGUAACAGCUCGGAUGGCCAAUAAAAUUGCAAAACUCCAGUGAGAGUUUCUAGUGCCAUGAUCGCCUAGCAUGAGACCAGUCGAUUCAGAGAUUUGUAACUCCCGUGUUGAAAUUUCCAAAACAA